AUGUACAAUCUCUGCAACGAAACCAUCCAGGCCUGUGUUCCAUGUCAAGCCUGUGACGAGAGGUCGCACCAAGAACCACUCAGCAUGACCAGACUUCCUGAGCGACCCUGGGCAAAGGUGGCUAUCGACCUUCAUGGCCCCUUGCAGUCAGUAAAAUACCUGCUUGUUGCCAUCGACGAGCAAUCCCGCUUCCCAGUGGUGGAGGUGGUUCGGUCAACAUCUGCCGAACAGAUACUUCCAAGACUCCGCAAGACUUUUGCUCUCUUUGGGACACUAGACGUGGUUAAAUCCGACAAUGGUGCACCUUUCAACGGCAAGGACAUGGCAUCUCUUGCUGCAGAACUGAACUUUCACCACAGAAAAGUGACUCCAUAUCGGCCUCAAGCCAACGGCACCGUGGAGAGGUUUAUGAGGCCUCUUGUGAAACUCAUCCAGACCGCUCACCUAGAGGCCAAGGAUCUCGAGAUGGAACUGGACGCAUACCUUGCCAGCUACCGGCAGACUCCCCACCUCACCGCAGGCUGCACACCAUACGGCAUGAUGUUUGGAAGGGUUGCCAAAGGUCUACUGCCCACUGUUAUGCCACCAGAAUGUCAGCAAACAGAAGCGCAAAAUGAUAAAAAGAAAGAACAUCAAGGCUUAUGCUAA